GCGAGGUUCCAAUAUGGCUGCAAUUUUUUUUUUGCAAUGACCUGACAGACUUAUUACAAUUCGGUGGUUCGACUUCGUUUGCGUCUGCAAUACGGAAAGAUGCAGAGUGAAAGUGAUUCUGAUAACGAAUUCUUCGAUGCUCCCGAGAAGCUGUCUUUAUCUGGGUCUUUCACGUCAGAUUUAAGCGCACAGCACGAUGUAAACAUUGCACAAAAGGACAUUGUGGAUGGACCUCCUGAGAGUGGUACAAUUGACACUUCUUCUGGAGACCAACCUGAACUUCCAAGUGAAGAAUUAAAUCAGUCGACAGCUUCUGAAGUCAAUAAAACAAACAAGACUGACAUUGUCAAGACUUGUGGAGAAAGUACAGCUUUGAAUAAUACAGCUGAUGAUUUACAAGAAAAACAAGAAUCAGGCAUUUCUUCUUUAGCCAAUGACAGUGAAUCCAAAUUUGUUCAUGAAAAUCAUGCUACUGACAGCAACAGCAUGUUUCAGGCUCAUUCAGGAGAAAGUGAGUCGAAAGUUAGUGAUGCAGAUUUGAAAACUGACAGAGAAAUAGAAGUUGAGCAACAUCAUAACUGUGAGAAAAAGACAGAUUUGACAAUGCCCAAAACAGAUGCUAGUCAGAUUAUUGCUGAUGUUGUUGAAAGCAUAGAGCAAGAAAGUACUCCUCCAGUGGCUCCACCUAGAAGGCGGAAAAGGAAAAAGAAAGCUGAAGGAGAAUUACAGACACCAGGAUCACCGACACCUUCAGAAAGUCCUGGACCAGAUUCAGCUGUUACAACACCGACUGAACAAGCAGCAGCAAGUCCAGUGGAAGCUUUUGCUCAGGCAGCAGCACUUUCCAAUGAACAGGAAAACGCACCCAAAGAACUUGAAUCACAAUCAAACGAUAUUCAUGAAGACGAUCCCAGCAUUCAUGUUGAUGCAAAUAACAAAGAAAUGAAGACUGUGUUAGAAAAAGCAAGUUCUACGGAAGUUAUAUCGGCAUUAAAUUUAGAUUCUAGACUUAAGUCAGGCAGUGUUGUCUCCCUUGGUAGCACAAGAUCAGGAAGUUAUGGUAGUGUGGCAAGCGGUAUAUCAAAUGGUAUUUUGGAGAAUUCUGCAGGUUCGUUUACUUCUGUUGCUAGUUCAUUCUCGCAGCAUCAGCCGUAUGGAUCUCACCAUGGAUUGGUACGAUACAGGUCAGCUUCUGGAAGACCCCUGUCUGAUAUUGAAAUUUUGGAGCAAGUUAUGGUAAAGAACCUUGACACAGGAGAAGCUGUACCCCUAAGUGUUGCAGAGGAAAAAUUGCCAAAAUGUACCAACCCUCUAGCCUUACAGAUCAUGAUAUUAACAUCUGAGUAUUCAAGCAAUCCAGACCUUGCAAACCAAGAUCAUGAAGAUGGACUUGAACGGAAAGUUUCAAAGAAAACGAAAAAGCUGAAGAAAUUUUUCGGUAAAAAAGUGAAAAAGCCAGACAAAGCUGCAAAAGUGCGUAAAGAUGACAGUUCUUCAAGUGAUGAAGAAACUCCUCAGGAUUCUCAUACCCCUCUCAUCAAGAUCAAGUCUGGCCAUGGAAAAGGUCCCGCUGAGUUUGAGAAGCUGCGAAUUUUACAGGAUCUUAGUGGAGAACAUGUGGGAGCUGUUUGGACAAUAAAAUUCACUCUUUGUGGCAGACUCAUGGCUACGGCUGGCCAGGAUCACAUGGUGCGAGUUUGGGUACUCAAAGAAUCCCAGAGUUAUUUUGAAGAAAUGAGAGCAAAAUACUCUAAAACAGGUGACAAUUCAUCAUCUGACCGUGACAAAAACUCAGAUGAGUUUUCAGAAAUGGAGGGAACAUUAAAAUCCAAUGAAGAAAACACAGGAGAUACAGUUGAGGACAAAACAGAAAACAGUGAGGAUAGUGAGGAGCCAGCUGCCCCUGUUGAUGAGGACUUGGGCCCUUAUAUGAAAACACCUCUGUGUACCUACUGUGGGCACACUGGGGAUGUGCUGGACUUGUCUUGGUCCAAGAAUUAUUUCCUGCUGUCCUCCUCAAUGGAUAAGACUGUAAGGUUGUGGCAUAUCUCUAGAUCUGAAUGUCUGUGCUGUUUUCAGCAUAUCGACUUUGUUACAGCUAUUUGUUUCCAUCCCAGGGAUGAUCGUUACUUCUUAAGUGGCUCACUUGAUGGUAAAAUCCGUCUGUGGAAUAUACCAGACAAGAAGGUGGCACUGUGGAAUGAGCUUGAAGGAACUGGAAGUAACCUUAUUACUGCAGCUAAUUUCUGUUUGAAUGGCAAAUUUGCUGUGGUCGGCACUUAUGAUGGACGAUGCAUCUUCUAUGAAACCGAGCGACUCAAGUAUCAUACUCAAUGGCAAGUACGGGCUGGACGAAACAAGAAGGCUCGCGGGCGCAAGAUCAGCGGUAUUGAACCCAUGCCUGGAGAAGAUAAGGUUCUGAUCACGUCAAAUGAUUCUCGAAUAAGACUUUAUGAUCUGAAGGACAAUUCUCUAAACUGCAAGUACAAAGGUUGCGUCAAUUCCAGCAGUCAAAUCAAAGCGAGCUUCAGUCAUGAUGGUCAAUAUGUCAUCUGUGGUUCAGAGGAUCAUUUUGUCUACAUUUGGAGAACUCAACACGGAUUUCCUUCCUCGAGGAGAGACAAAAACGAGUUUUAUGAGAGCUUUUCAGCCCACGCGGUUGUGGUAACUGCAGCAAUGUUCGCCCCAGUUCCCUGGCUAAUUAUUCCACCCGACUCAAGCUGUCAGCCAUUCACCACAGAGGUUCUGGUUACCGCUGACUGGAGCGGCGCCAUCAAGUUAUUCGUGAACAGAUGACACGAGUGUGUCUGUAACUGACAUCACCAUGGAAACUCUUGGUGUAGAGAAGAGAUCUGUCGGUCAAUCAGAUGCUGACGUGAUCCUGAUCAUCCAACUGGUCGCCAUCUUUACACAGCCAGGCCAAGGAUCCUGAAGUCAGCUGCUUGGCGUGACGCGAUACAGGACUGUUGUGGACCACUUCAUUUACAUGUGUUAAACAGCUUUGUAGAACAAGGCAGAGCAGUGCGAUGAGAUGUAAACACGUGGUCCUGUAUCCUGAAGCUUUGCUGUCCCGAGAGUGAAGACAAGCUUGCGGACAUUCUCUUGAUCUAUCAAUAAUUGUCAGAAUUAAGAAAUGUAUGGUAACCAGUAAGGACAUGGAAAAACUCAAACUCGCCGUUAAUUGUUGAUCAACUCUCCCCCCCCC